UCGUGCGCAACAGUCUCGCGUGAUGAGACGUGAGGCGUCGGGAUUUUGUGUAAGACGGGAGGCAGAAGAGCUCGCAAUUAACAGCUUUGCGGGACGUGUUAGUAGCCAACAGGGACAUGUAAGAGGCUAUUGGGAGUGUCCCGCGAAAAGCGGGAAUGUUGUGCAGUAUGCUGCUUGUGCUUCCAGCUGCAAGUAUUCUGCCAACCUUGGAGUCCUGCCAUGGGAAAUCCUACAUGGUAUGACUACAAGAUGCUGUAGCUUGAUAUUGUGCAUCUUUCCUUGAAAUGUAUAAUCAGAGAACCCGCUGCAGUCUUUGAAGAGGGCACAAAAUGUUGUAUGCCCUGUGACCCGAGCUGGCCCAAGACAACGAUGGGUAUCUGUGCCAUCACUCCAGAGUCUCCCCACACCACCACCCUUUCUGAAAGAGUUUAAUGGUGGACACAGACCAGGCGACACUGGAAAAUUGAGAAGAUACAAGUAGCCGGUCUUAUAACAAGUCACUUGAUCAGUGCAUACAACAAUAAACAUAUUUUUUGGAUCUGUGUCCCAUUCCCCUUUCAAAAAUAUUUGCCCCUUAAGAGGCAGUCGUAGUCCAGGCCCUGCCUAUGACUCAUUUCUGCAUUAAUCAGUCUGGUAUGACAUCACUGACAUGAUCUGCUUUUCUGCAUUAGGACUGUGUUCAUUGACUUUUGAAACUGCUUUCUAUUGGCACUGCACACCAAACUAUUAAACAUCCUAAAUCCAUUGGAACACCUCUCCAUCACACAAGUAUGUCAGAGGGCUGGCCUCAAGCACAGGUUGCCCCUCCCAAUUUGCAGCCCUCACAGCAACAACCUUCACAACAUCCUGGAGCAGAACACCCUAUUCCCACUCCAGGCUCUGCAGAGAGUUCUCUGGGCUGUGCUGUUUAUGGGAUUCUACUACAACCAGAUUUGGGCAUUCAUCACCACCCCUUGCCACCCAGUGAACCCCUACAGAAAUGUGGUCUGUGUGGACAUGACCUGUCACACUUGCAAAAUCCACAAGAGCAUCAGUGUAUGGCCUCAGCAAGCCAUGACCGUUCUUUCCAGUGUACACAAUGUUUGAAGAUCUUUCACCAGGCCACAGAACUCUUGGAGCACCAGUGUUCACAGGUGGAACAGAAACCUUUUGUAUGUGGUGUAUGCAAGAUGGGUUUCUCGCUCCUCACUUCACUAGCUCAGCAUCACAGCGUGCAUAAUGGUGGCUCUCUAAAGUGUUCUAUCUGUGAAAAAACGUACAAAGCCACUGAAGCAGAGCGGGUCUGCAUACCCACUGUCCCUCCUCCACCAGCUCCUCCUGCCCAGUUAGCACAGGAAUCCCAUGAUAAACCCUUUUGUUGCACUUUGUGCCAAAAACCUUUUAAGCAUCUGUCAGAGUUGUCUCGGCAUGAGAGGGUGCACACAGGAGAGAAACCAUACAAGUGCACAUUGUGUGACAAAAGUUUUAGCCAAUCCUCACAUCUUGUACACCACAAGAGAACACACAGCUCAGAGAGACCAUACAAGUGCACAGUUUGUGAUAAAAGCUUCAAACACAGAUCACAUCUGUUGCGCCACAUGUAUGCUCAUGCUGGUGAGCAGCUGUUUCAGUGCCAGACUUGCCAGUUACGUUUCAAAGAAUCGUCACAGCUACUUCAGCACCCGUGCACACCAGCAGGAGAGAGACCUUUUCGCUGCAGUGUUUGCCAGAAAACCUUCCGCCGGCCAUCUGACCUAAGACAACAUGAGCGUACACAUAGUGAAGAAAGGCCCUUCCACUGCGACCUUUGUCAAAUGAGUUUCAAGCAGCAGUAUGCAUUGAUGAGGCAUAGAAGGACACACAAAGUAGAGGACCCUUCCAAAUGCACCUUAUGUGAAAAGGGUAUGGUACAGCCAUCACAACUUUUGUUUCACCAGCACGGGGCUGAGAGCAUUUUCAAGUGCAAUGCUUGCCAGCGUGGUUUUAGUCAGUCCCAGGAAUUACUGCGGCACAAAUGCGGGCAAAACACUGCUAACCGACCUUUCCAGUGCAGUGUAUGCCACAAAGCAUACAAGCGUUCUUCUGCCUUACAAAAACAUCAGACUACACACUGUGCAGAAAAGCCUUUACGAUGCACUGGCUGUGAGCGCAGGUUCUUUUCCUCCUCUGAGUUUGUACAGCAUCGCUGUGACCCAGCACGAGAGAAACCAUUAAAGUGUUCAGAUUGUGAAAAACGUUUCAAAUAUGCAUCAGACCUUCAGAGGCAUACGCGAGUACAUACUGGCGAAAAACCAUACAAAUGCUUAUCUUGUGACAAGAGUUUCAAGCAACGGGAACAUCUCAAUAAGCAUCAAAGUGUGCACAACAGAGAGCAACAGUACAAAUGCUUAUGGUGUGGAGAGCGAUUUCAUGAACUGGGACAGUUACAGGAGCAUAGUGCUCAACACACUGCAGAUAGCACGUAUCAGGUGGCAGCAUGUCUGCCUUGAAAAUAUUCCCUUACCACUUUGUAUUACUAAACCAUCACCUGAUUUACAUACACAUGCCAUCUUACUUCUCCCAAGCCUGUGUUAAUAGCUAGUAGUACCAUGUGAUCAAACAUUCUCCAAUGUAUAAGCAUCUUGUAGAAACUAAACUAGGUGGGCAGAAAAUACCGCACUGCAGUCAUCCAAAGAUACAUGCGCUUUUUAAAAUAAAAUUAGACCUAAAA